UGCGUUUACCAAGCUGCAUGCCAAGCAGUCAGUGAUUAUGUUUAAAUAGGAUAUGUUGUGUUUAUAUCGAAGUAUUUCCUCUGUGCUUUUUGCUACAAGGACCUUUCAUUUGGCAUUACCAACCAAAGUCUUGCAGGAUUACUUUCACAUGGGAAGAAGAACUAGCAAGAGCAAGCUCAAAACAAUUAGGCCUAAGCAAGUUGCUGAUUUUGGUAGAAAGUACCACCAGUAGGCGGUGGUGAACUAACAAUGACUAGACCUAGUCCUGCAUUCUCUGUUCUGUUGUACAUACUGCUCGUGAGUUCAAGUACUGGUUUUCCAAUUAGCACAGGUUGUGGAUUUGGUAGUCGAUCCUGCUCAUGGCCUCAAUCUGUUCCAUCAACGCCUACAGGUGCGUAUUAUUUUGGAACGCAGUCUCUCCUGUGUGUCUCAAACAAACCAGUAUUAUACGGUUCAUCUUCGCGAUUCCCAUUUGCACCAUGGCACAGGCUCAUCUGGUACAAAGACUACGUGUUAGAAUGGGGAGUCAAUGGAUUUUCAAUAAACUUUAACCGAUCACUCUCUAAUCAGUGUCUUACCACGUGGGAAGAAGAACCAGCCGGAACAAGCUCGAAGACAAUCAAGGAAGUUGAGGGAUUUGGUAGAAUGUACCAGUACUACAACGGGGAAUACUCCUUCCUUUCCAAUAACUGCCACAUGUUUGCUAACGAUUUAUCUCGUUUCUUGACCCGAGGUUCUCAUCCUGUGUUUUGUGACGCGCAGCAUCAAGCGGUGCAGCAAUACACGCCCACCGCAUGUCCAGCUGAAAACUCGGACACUUUCAAAGCAACAUAUUCCCAUUUCACGGGACUUAGAUCAACUAUUCGGUGGACAAUGAAUAAAUGUCGUCGAUAUAAACUGGAUUUGACAAGAUUCAUGCGUGAUUACUGCGAAAGGAUGGAUGUGUCACGCACAUCAACGACCGAGUCUCCGUCCACAACAAUUUCCCUCAUGGACCUUGCACGGAGGAUGGCAAGAGAAAGACAAGAAAUGUUGGGCAGACAGUGGGGUACAUGGUGAACAUACAGUAUGGGAUAUACGUAUGCAACCCAUUGCUACUGGAACCGGGUGGUCCGUGUACAAAGCCAAUGGUAAUUCCAGAAUUCAAUUCAAAAUGU